AGCUUUGCCCUUCUAGCGAUUAUGAUUGAACAUUUACAUUAAGCGUUAUUUCUUUUUCCAAACGUACGGGAAAAUGGCUCGAGGAAAACACCAAAAAUACCAGGUUGACUGAAGCUUCCCUCGUAUUCACGAAAUUUUGAUACCUAUGGUACUGAUAGUAGACUUGAAGUUGAAUCACAAGAAGUGACAACGUAGUCCAAGUUGUAACAAGCAAUGCUUUAAAUUGUAUAUAAUGUGAGCAAAUAUUUGUUUGAAUUUGUAUUUUGCUUUGUAAAUUUAAUAUUCAUGGAGAUGCUUAAGAGAUAAGAAAAAUAUGAUAAUUUGUGAUUCAAUAAACUUAUAUUAUUUCAUUUUUCAUUAGUUAAUUAUGCCUGAAUUCCUCCUAUUUAAUUUAUUGCCGUUUUUCUUUUCUCGCAGCAAAAUGUAGUAUAUAUAAAUUAUAAUGAUAUAAUAUAUAUAUAUAUUUACAUACAAAAUUUACACAAAUAUACUAAGUACAUCUAAAUUUUUUCCGUAGGCUGAAUGUUGAAUUUUGGUGAAGAAAGAAAAAAGUAAGAAAAAUGUAAAAAAAAUAAAAAGUUAUAAAUUCUCUUAUUUAUUUAUUUAUUUUUUUUGUUCUCCACACUUUCUUUCUCCAACAAAAUCCAACUUCCGAACCUAGGCUAAAUAUUCUAUCAUAUUAAAAAGAUUCCAAAAAGUUAAGAAUACGCAUAUAUGGAAUUGUGAUUUACACCGAACUAUCAUUGUCCAUGGACCAUGCUAAGAAAUGGUGGCCUCGUUUACCUUAGUGACUUGUUCUUGUUGCUUGGUUUGUGUUAGCUGUAUGCUUUCGCUUAUGCAUUUUAUCAAAUAAAUAAAUAAUAAUUGAACCAGUCAUUAUAUAUUCUUAUCCACGUGAAGAGAUCCAUAUAAGGUUAGAAUAUGCAAAUGCAUUUCAAUUUUGAUUAAAAUAAUACAUUGGUGAGAGACUGUAUUGCAGCAUGCUGAUGUUGAAUAUAUUUCUGUUAUCCUUAUUCUUGUUUCAUUUCCAAUAUUGCUAUGCAAUUUAUAACAUAUCUUCAUCCCAACCAUUAUCUCAAACACAAACUCUAGUCUCCUCUAACCAAAUUUUUGAGUUGGGCUUUUUCAAUCCAAAUAAUUCUGCAAAUCAGUAUGUGGGCAUGUGGUACAAGGGAAUUUCUCCCCUUACUGUGUUAUGGGUGGCUAACAGAGAGAAACCGCUAAAAAUGGCAGACUCUGCAUUGGCAAGUCUAGUGAUUGGAAGUAAUGGAAAUCUGGAGCUUUUGAGUGGUGACAAGUCUGUUAUCUGGUCAACUAGUAUUCAUGUCGGAUCAAAUACUUCAGUAGCAACUCUUUCAGACGACGGUAACUUGGUUCUCAAUGAUGGAAUAUCAAGAGAAACCUUAUGGCAAAGCUUUCAACAUUCAGGAGACACGUACAUGCCUGGAGCAUUCUUAGGUUAUAAUGUCAAAACUGGAGAGAAUUAUGUGUUGACAUCUUGGAAGAGUGACAACGAUACAUCACCUGGUAAUUUCACUUCUGGAAUCUCGAAACAGUCACCGCCACAAUCUUUCGUAUGGAUCAAUGAAACAACGCCUCACUGGAGAAGUGGACCAUGGGAUAAAACCAAGUUCAUUGGAAUACCUGAGAUGGACAAUUCAUAUACUAGUUCACUCUAUCUCCAACAAGACAUAGAGAAGGGAACAAAUUAUGUCUAUUUCAAUAAGUUUGACAAAUCUAUUCUCAUAAAAGUGUAUGUUUCAUCACAAGGUCUUCUAAGAUAUAUCAUCAAAUACAAUGGUAGUGCCUCUUGGUAUAGUGCCUGGGAGGUACCAAAAACUCAAUGCGACGUAUAUGGAACUUGUGGAGCUUUUGGGGUAUGCAAAACAUCUGAAUCUCCAAUUUGCAAGUGUUUAAAAGGGUUUGUACCAAAAUCAGACCAAGACUGGAGGAAUGGAAUUUGGAGCGGAGGGUGCGUAAGAAGGACUGACUUACUUUGUGAGAAAAAUAAUAGUAGCAAUUCAUCAAAUGGAGAAAAAACAGAUGGAUUUCACAAGAUGAGUACGCUAAAACUUCCAGACCUGUAUACGUAUGUAGACAUAAAAAUCGACAAUGAUUGCUACAAAUGGUGCCUGAAUAAUUGUUCUUGCGUAGCUUAUGCUUAUGUAAAUGGAAUAGGGUGUUUGGUUUGGUCAGAAGAUCUUAUUGACAUUGAGAGCUUUUCCUAUGGCGGCGCAGAUCUUUUUAUUCGCCUUGCACAAGCUGAACUUGCCAAAGGAGAGAAAACCAGGAAGGUUGUCAUCAUCCUCACAGUUAUUUUUGUUGGUGCCCUUCUUCUUGCUGCUGUUUUCAUAUUUCAUAGAUGGAGAACUAGCCCCAGAACUGAAAUGGCAUGGCCCAUCAAGGAGAUCCUAAAGAAACUUGGUUUGGCUGAUAUAAUUGAGUCUCCAACACACAAUCUUCAAGGUGCCAAACAACAAGAUCCAUCCGAGUUGUGUAUUUUUGAAUUGGAUAGCGUCUUAGUUGCUACAAACCAUUUCAACAUCAGAAACAAACUCGGACAAGGAGGGUUUGGUUCUGUGUACAAGGGAAGAUUGCAAGAUGGAAGGGACAUAGCAGUCAAAAGACUGUCUAGUAGCUCGGGACAAGGCAUAGAAGAGCUUAAAAAUGAGAUGAUUUUGAUCUCUAAACUUCAACACAGAAAUCUUGUAAAGCUCCUAGGUUGCUGCAUUGAAGAAGAAGAGAAGUUACUAGUUUAUGAGUUUAUGCCUAACAGAAGCUUGGAUACCUUCAUCUUCGAUCCAAGUAGAAGCGCACAAUUAUAUUGGGCUACACGCUUUAACAUUAUCCAUGGUGUUGCCAGAGGUCUUGUAUAUCUUCAUCGCGAUUCAUGUUUAAGGGUGAUACAUCGAGAUUUGAAAGUUAGUAAUAUUCUUUUAGACGAAAAGAUGAACCCAAAAAUAUCAGAUUUUGGAUUGGCACGAAUUUUUCAAGGGACAAUGGAUUUAGUAAACACUCACAGGGUUGUCGGAACAUUAGGCUACAUGUCUCCAGAAUAUGCUAUGGGUGGAAUAUUUUCUGAAAAGUCUGAUGUAUUUAGCUUUGGUGUCAUGCUAUUAGAGAUAAUCAGUGGAAAGAAGAAUUCCAACUUCCACUAUUAUGAGAAAGAGCAAAGCCUGAUUGCUUAUGCAUGGCAACUGUGGAAUGAAAGCAGAGAAUUAGACUUGGUUGAUGAUGCAUUGGCCGAGUCAUACUCUGCAGAAGAAGCAAUAAGGUGCAUACAUAUUGGUCUUUUAUGUGUGCAAGAUCAUGCAAGUGAUAGGCCAACCAUGGUUGAUGUGGUUUCCAUGUUGAUCAAAGAGACACAUCGUCCUCAACCUAAACAACCCUUCUUUACUUGCCAAACUCAAUCACACACUGCAACAAGCUCUGUCUCUGUGAAUGAAGCUACCGUAUCAGUAUUUGAAGGCCGCUAAGUCACUCAGCUUUUCAAAUUCGUGCUUUUAUCCUCUUAAUCCAUUCAACCUAUAACUACACAUUUAUGAAAUGUUGUACUAUUUAAGCUGGGACCUUCUUGAAAAUUCAAUCUUAAUUGAUUAAAUGUAGAAUCUGCUAAUGUAUUCCAUCUCAUUGGUUAAAUGUUAACUACUAUAACUAACU